UAUGGAAUUCAAAGUUAUAUAUAAAGAAGUACGUUUCACUACAGUUUCCACUUUCAGUUUUGCACUUAAUGUUGUUAUUUUUCUGAGUGCUGCAGCACCGUUCGUUUCAAAUCAACGAUACGAGCUUCCAAGUUGGUUACUCUGUGCGGAGUUGUUUCGUUUGGUCGCGUCGGUCGAAGGAGUCGGUUGUUCGUUUUCGUGCGCUCAAGUAACGGUAAGCGCGAAUGCCUCCGCCAGCUCUACUGUUAUUUUAACUCGGGACGUCCAUGCGUCCCUGCGUUUCUACGUCCCUGCGCCUUCCUGUCUCUGUGUAUGUGUGGGAGACAAACAAAUAGCAAAACGAGAAGGAAAACCAUAGAGAGGAAUUCCGCAAAAAGGGGGGUGGCGAACAUCCUGUUUUUCUGCGCCCGCUGCCAGAGUAACCACCCCCUCUCAGGGACGACAACAACAAAGUGGGCUUGAGAAUAUAAGCGAAAAACGGAAAUAAAUAUACGUACGAACUUUAACUGCGCCAUUUGUACUUCGCAACAACAAAUGAAAAAAUAGAACUAUAGCAUAACUAUAAAAUUGUGUGUAUGUGUGUGACGAAGAGAACAAAACCAACAACAAAAAACCGUUGCGAAGAAGAUUAUUUAUAAAAAGCUUCGGCGUCCGUAAAAAAAAAGCCAAUCGAAGGAUGUAAUAUUAAAAGGCAGGCAAAGUGAAGAAGUGCAAAUUAAAAAGAAAAGACAAUAAAAAGCAACAACAUUUAAUUGGACUCUAAAGCUACAACUUCAAAACUGUUUAAGGAUGCCUAAUAUACUUUUGUAAUCAAGCAAUCAAGCCAUCAAAACAUGCUGCAAAAUCGGUUGGGAAUUAUAUGAAUUCCUCCCAUUGUUGGAUUGCAUCAUUCGUCGAGGGCGUGGUCUAGCAUUAAAUGUAAUGUACAGCUGUCAAGCAGGGCCUUCCAUCAUUCACACAUCAUCAUCAUCAUCCGAGCCAUCAUCUCCAGGCCCAAUAACACAAUGUCCACAACAGCAUCUGGACUAAAGUCGGGAUCCAAAGGAGCCUACGGCGUCAGGUCGGAGACGGAUCACAUCAUAACCAUCAGCACUGCCAGCUUGACGGAGUCGCACAGAGAAAAUCCCGUAAAGGGAGUAGUGACUCCAGUAAGGAAGCCCCAUUCCCUGGGAAGUGAAGAUUCCCCAGAAAACAUAAUUCCCGGUGAACAGGCUGAGCCAGAUAAAAAACCCCUGCACUUGUGUCGGCUCUCGCAGCUGGUGAGCUACCAGAGUAACAUCGCUGAUGUCCAGCACCGGAAGGGAAGACGCCUACACGGAUUGCAGCUGCCACUGCAUCCCCUCCAACUUUUUGGUUGGCUCGUCCUCCUCCUGUUUGGAGUGGCUAGCUACUGGGUGCUCAUUCCGGCCUUUCAUGCCCGCAUACAAGGACUGCUCUACGGACUAAUCACCGGGCUCUAUCUGGUGCACAUCGCCUCUCAUUUGACGGCUUUACUGACAGAUCCUGCGGACAAGGAGUUGCGGCGAGUGCAUCGGAACGAUCGGAUUGUCCCGGAAUUUGACCGGUCGAAGCACAGUCACGUGAUAGAAAACGGGCGGUGCCAUCUGUGCAACAUCCGGACCUCUUCGAGCCGCACCAAGCACUGCUCCGUGUGCAACAAGUGCGUGGGCAAGUUUGAUCACCACUGCAAGUGGCUGAACCACUGCAUCGGAUCGCGUAACUAUGUGGCCUUCCUGAUGUGCGUGGUCAGCGCUGUGGUGGCCACCCUGGUCAUCGUGGCCGCCGUGGUGGCCCAGAUCGUUUUCUACUAUAUCCAGCCAGACUGGUUAAGCUUCUACUGGUGCCCCACGGAUUCGAGCCACACAAUUGAAAGCGGCGACUUCAUAAACAUCACCCUAAGCCUGGGCAACGGCACCAUGAUGCUGAUAGAGCAGCACACUUCGGAGGAGGACGUUCAUCAGGAAAUGUGGGACGAGGAGCAGGCAAAUAUGACCAUCUCGACUCUGCCCACUCUUCUGGAGAAUUUUACAGCUCUUAUAGAAGCGAGCUCAACGCAGCCUGGAAUUAGCCCCACGAAUCACACCGUAACGCAGCCAGUAGUGACCGGAAUCGGAUUAAACGAAACCAUUUUCCUGUUCCUGCUGGGAGUUCUGGGACUGCUCGCCGCUGUGAGUGCGGGUUUGUUGCUCCACCUAUGCUUUUUUCACAUCUACAUCUCGUUCUUGGGACUGACCACCUAUGAAUACAUUAGGAACCACCGUCAGGCUCAGGAUGCCAAGACCAAGCAGCUUCUGGAGGGAGCUCCCGGCGUGGGGGCGCCCAAAAAUGGAAACGUACACUUCUCGGCUUCAUUGCCCGAGCCACAUAAUCCGUCCAAGUCCUUGCCAGGAGGUCAGCAGCUCUACUGCUGUUCCAGUGCCCCACAUCCAAGCCAGCAUUCACAGGAAUCGGUUGGUCAAACAGAGCAAUCCCUGCGGUUGCAUUGCUGUGCCAGCUCCAGGGAGUUCCACCAGAGCGGGCAGGCCAUCUAUGUUUGCUCGCUUCUGGAGGAGGCAGUACCGCAAAUCCAAGUUGAACCGGAUACUCUGAGUAGCUUCCAUUGUUGCUCUAGCUUUGCAGCUAGUUCCCUGCAGCGCAGGGUCAGCUUGGCUAAAGGAUCGCUGAUCUCAGCCGAGCCACGUCAUCUGAGACCAGCGACUUAUCUGCAAUACACCGAGCAGUGUACCCUCUGCACUUUCCGCCUAAGAAGAGGAUCAGGACCAGGGACAGGAUCUUCAGGAGCUGUAAGCAGCGCCGGUGGUAGCAGUAGCACUCGCACAUUGACCAGUCAAACUGGCGGCUCCUCCGCUUCGGCUAUAGCAGCCGGGAAUAUUUCCAAGCAUCAGCGGUGGCGAAGGAAAUGGAAUUGCUGCGCCGCCGUACCAGAUAGCCCCGACUUGCCCAAUGACCUUCUUGCUGCCCUAACGUUUCGCGAAAGCGAGGAAGCAGCAGCGGCAGCCAAAUUAAACGCCCAGGAGCUGCCUAUCCAAUUCAUACGCACGCUUAACGGCGGCUUUGACCAGGAGCUGCCUCUGAAGACAACAACAGCCACUCCCACGCCACCCAGAAGUUCCCGUCUCCGCUACAUGCUGCGUCUACUGGGACGCUAUCGAAGACCACGCUGUCGCCAUGGGGCCCAUCAUGGAAUCGCUGCCAAAGAGCACCAGAAUAUCGGUGGCUCUGCAAUAAAACAAAAUCAAAUACGUCCGCUGCAAUUGCAGGCAGCUGGGCGUGGCUAUGCUAAUUCGACUGCCACGCCAACGCCGCCCGCAAGUUCGCCAAGCAGAAGUUCCUUGGAGAGCAGCGACCUGAGCACCAGCACGAGCCCUUCGUGCGGCAACAAGGAUCUGAUGCUGCUGCCCACAUCCGUGAUAAGGGAUGACAGCGUGACCACGUAUACGCUGACCUUGCCGCCUGCCCUGCCACCGCCGACGAGGAGAAAAAUGCACCAGACCACACAAGAGCUGGCGGAGUUGGCUGAAACCUUGGGAUUCGCCAGCAAUUUGCAGCACAGUCAGCAUAAUAGCCAGACGAACAGCCGAACGUUGCCCAGUUUCGGGAAUGUCUAUCGCCGACAGAGGCGGAAGCACUUCUUGCGGACACGAUCACCCACACUAUCGCCCAUCCACGAGUCCGGCCUGUCGAAUCCAACCUCGCCCCAGCCCCUGAGGCACCACCACCAGAAUCUAGCCAACUCGAACUCCAAUCCGGCCAAAGCCAUGUCCUCGCCUACGCUUACUCGCAACUCAGGAUCUGCGAACUCCUCGGCACUUCUAGUCCAGAAUCUGUGCAGCUUGGCCGGGGAAACGCUGAGGAAGACCGCGUCCAACAGUUCCCUGCAGAGUCUCAGCUCCAAUUCGAGCAGCACCUAGAUGAGUGUCUGUUUCUCUUUAGUCCUUAGGUUAGCUUUAACCUUAGCCAUAGUCCCCGCAACCUGCAACCCAAGAAGUUCUGUGAAGUUUCUGAAAUCAAUUAAUCCGCACAUAAGCGUGGAAAGUCAUAACUAAAAUCAAUUACGCUCGAAGAGGAGUGGGAGUGGAUUGGGAGGUUAACUGUCGGGGCCUGUAAAGGAAAUUGCCUUUGAUGCGAUGCGGUUUCAUUGCCAAACUUAAUUACCGCUUUUGGUCGAUGUUCCUUUGUCUGAGUUUUUGGAUUGCAUAUUUGGUUUAUUAGGAGUCUGGUGUGGAAAUACAUUGAAAUUUAUUGGAUUUAUUGCAGAGACGGAAUUUUAUGUCCUUUAUCACAUAGCAAAGUUAUUAGUUUUACUAAUUGAUAGUCUGUUAAAAAAGUCAAUCACAAUUCCUCCAAACCCAAAUUAUUUUAUAACAUAUUAGAAGAUAUUUUAGCUUCGAUAACUAAUCUUUUCCCAUUAAAAUCGCAUUAACAUAAUUUUUGCAGCCCGCGCUUCUAACGACUAGUAUUUUGAAAUAUAUUUCUUAUAUUUCUCUUAAGCUCCUGUUUUCCUAACUUAAUCAUCAAAAGUUGACAUUUUCAGUCCCCAAAUGCAUCGAGCUGCUUUCUCCCAAACUAGACAUGUAUUUGCCAUCCUUUGAAUGACUUCGCAGUUGAGUUGAUAAAAUAUGCAACAGAAUGUACUCAAGUGUUCGAGCUGGGUGACUUUACUCAUUUUUCCGCACCCACCCCUUGCUAGUAUUGAUUUUCAUUUUGGAAAGCGUGCAUGCGAAGGCGUCGGUUUAUUACGUAUUGUAUCUGCAGCUGAAGCUUCGUUUGUAUCUAAAUCCGUGUAGCCGUGUAUCUGGCGUCAUCCCACAACCAAAGAGGAGGAAAUGCAGCAUGUUGCCAAAUUGUUACGCAAAUGUUUUCAUUCGAUCUCAAUUCAAAUGUAGAGAAAACCCCCAUAAAAGACCUGACGAUGGCAAUUGUCUUGGGUUCUAAACUUGAUUUUGACGACUGUCCCUCGGCCCAUUAAAUAUUCCGAAACUGAAUAAUUAAAGCGACGCAAGGCAGGAAAACAAGGGACGGGAAACGGGGAAAUGGAACCGCGUCAAAAGCGUCAUUGGAUGAGUGCAUGUGCUCAUCCUCCUCAGUUGUCAGUCGGACUGCUACCAGGGCUUAGAGGCACUGUUAGGUAUACGGAUAGACAGCCGUACCGACACUCCGACUACGCACAUGACACUCCGGGAUUCAGGUGCUGCUCCUGCUUUUUAUUGCCCCAGACAGUCGGUGGUUCAUGUUAUUGAAACUGACAGCGGGGAAAGUUCAUUUUUAACCGGCUGGAGAUGAGCAGGUGGGAAUGGCAGUGGUGUCGGAUAGAUGGAUUGGUAGAGAAAGAAUCGCGUUGUGUUCGGAACGUGACCGUUGAGUUCGAGGUUGAGCUUUAGUGCUCUUAGUUCCGACUAGUGACCAAUCUGGAUCAAUAUGUUACCUCAAUACAAACUUCCAAUUUGUGUUCUUCAAGAAAAGGGAUUCAUGCUGAGAUUCAUUUCAAUCACGAAUUAACGAAUUUGCCUGCAAAUGUUGCUGCCUCGCGGAGGUCCCCAUUCAUGGAUUCGGGUAAUGAGGGGUAGAAGAGUGUCAUUGAGCCCGUAUCCAAAAGAGGACUUGACUCCCAGCUGACAUGCAUUUUUGCAGGUGGCUUCGGGUCGAGCUCAGUUCGUUUCCAGUGACAAGAGACGGACGCCUGGUAAAUGACUCAAAAUAACAUAAUGCAGCGACUGUAAAUGGAUUUUCAAUGCACACCGUGCUGCACAGACGGUUGGAGCAACAAUUUUCCAACCUUCCCCAUUUCCCCCGUUUAUUUCCGCAAUCAUAACCCGCUGCAUACUUUUAGGGCGUUCUGUGGCUCUGUAUGGGUGUGUUUUCUUUUGGGAUGACGUGGGUGUGCUGAUGUCCGUCUGAAAAUGUUUAAUUUGAUGGCACUUUGCGUUACCAGUCGAAACAGCUUUAAAGGGUAUAUGCAGGUGAAAUGGCGCGACGUAGCGGAUAUUUAUUUUUAUAAAAAUAUAUUCGACUUUAAUUGCAUGUUCGUGUCAUGUUCCCCAGCUCCUGGCUAUUGGCCACGCCCCCCAAAAAGGGCGGGGCGUAGAGCGGACUGCCAGGCAACACCCUCGAACUUUCAGUUUGACUGCCGGUGGUGAAGUUUGUUUACGAGGCAUAAAGCAGAAAUAUUCAGAUUCUCGGCAAAUUUGAGGCGGGGCUGCUCCCACUUGACUGACUUUCCCUAUGGCAACAAAUGCACUACUCUUGCUGCUUUUGUUGUAGUUGUCGUCCUGGUGAUUGCCGUGCAUCAAUUAUAAAACAUUUUCUGCCCUCUGUCGCUAUGCUUUUUUGACAUGCAAGCCGAGACUGUUCUUCAUUUUCGGCAGACAGAAAGAGAAGCACUGGAAUUUAAAUUGGUCCUAAUUGAUAACCAAUUUGGUGUUAAUACCCAAUGAUUCUCUGCCUUUGUAUAUGCCAUUUUCUCGUAUGAUUAUUAUGCACAUAAUCGUAAAGCAAAAUAACUUCGUGUAUUGCAUUACUACCACAAACUUCGAGAUCCAUUUAUUCAAGUGUAAAUCAACACCUUCCUUGAAAAGUGGUCUUCUUCUUGCUCGGUUUGCUUCAGGACAGACGACUCAUGAUAGAUUGGGCCAGAAUUGGGUGCGAAGGCGCUCCAGUGGAGACAGUUGCCCCCGCUCCAACCGCUCCUUCCCUUCUCCGAGCUGUUAUUAGCUAUGGUAGUUAGGUUAGCUCCAACUCCCAGUCCACUUGGGCCAACACACUGCUUUUGUUUCGCCUUGUGCCCUGCAAUGACAUUUUCAGUUGCUUUGCUUUUCCCUUUUGGCUGGUUCAACGAACUUCGGGCUCUCGGCUCCUUUGUUGAAUUAUCAGCCAGGUGGAAUAUUCAGGAUAUGCUGACUUAGGUGGAUACGACCGCUCUGCCCGUCUAAUAUGCUUUUCAAUUUAGUUAAUGACUCUUUGUAUCACUUCUGGGUAGUUCUAUCUGUAACGUAAGCUUAAGCAAAUUAUUAAAGAAAACGGAGAAACAGAAAAAAAUUAAAAGUUUAUGAGACUGGAGUUGGGUAAAGAAUGUACGAAAACAAAUAAAAGAUUGAAAAGUAAACAAUAAUUAUAAUAAUUUAGCCAGGCCAAUUAAGUGUGAAAUUAGAAGCACGAUUAUAAAAAUCAUAUAUAUUUUGAUAAAAUGUGAAUAAACAGAUUCUAACAGGAGACAAAUUUAACUGAAGAAAUGCGAAAAUUCUUAUGAGUUCGCAACGAGAAAAAAAUAUAAUAGAAGAUUAUAGCCCCAGAAAGAAUGCUAUGAAUCGACGUGAAGACAUUUGGACAUUUGAAGACUAUGCUUUGUACCAUAAAAAAAAAUAAAAAUUGUUCGAUUGAAAAUAAAUUAAUGUUGGCUUAAUUUUGUUAGUUUUUUAUGUGCGCCGCCCCAUAGAAAUUAAGUGACUUGUAAAUCGCUCCCAAGAAAACUUAAAUCGCGAAAUGUGCGCUUAGCAAAAAGAGCACUCAGAGAAGUGAAAUAAAAACGAUAGACAACAAACAGAAUGUUGCAACAACAA